CAGAAUUAGAGGCAUAUCAAGUACGGUACAGCCCUAUAGGGCGGAGCAGAGACGUCAUAGGGUCAUCGCGACGUCAACGAAGCGCGACGCAGCGCGUCUGGCUGGACUACAAAUAAUUCUAUGUUCCAAGUUGUCCCCAAUCUCGACAAUCCAGGACCCGACAAACCCCUGAAUCUGAUAUCAUCGCCCGAUUUCAAUUCCAGGCUUCCGGCCCCAGCUUCCGUCCUCUACGAACACCCAGUACACCCAGCCACCACCACCAACACAACCACCACAACCACCACCACAGCACCCAAACCUCCUCCCUCCGCAAAUGCCGCAUGACCCAACCACAAUGCCCUACCAAGAAUUCCCGGCGCACGAACGCGACCCCCUCCUGGGCGGCACCGGCAACACCGGCAACACCAACACCACCACCACCCCAACAGCACCACCAACAACAACCAGCACCUCCCCCCGGCUCACCCGCCUGCACACCCACCUCAUCACCCCCCUCUCUCAGCGCUGGACCGACCUCCUCCUCCUAACCUGCUACACAAUCACCGGCCUCCUCGACUCAACGGCCGUCUUCAUCUGGGGCUCCUUCGUCUCCAUGCAAACCGGCAACACCGUAUACGCAGGGCUCGGCCUCGCAGGCCUGGACCCCACGACCCGAUGGCAGAAAUCGCUCCUCUCGAUCGGGAGCUUCUGCACGGGCAGCGUGCUCUUUGCCGCGAUUCACCGCUGGUCCCGGAGCCCGAAAACCCGGGGCGCGUUGGUGUUGUCGUUCGCCCUCCAGACGCUGUGUAUCGCCGGCGCGGCGACGAUCACCAGCGUGUACCGGCCAGACGGUAAGAAGGAAGGGGAUGGGCUGGAGUGGACGGUCGCCGUGCCGUUGGCGCUCGUGGCGCUGCAGAGUAGCGGGCAGGCGGUCGCGAGUCGCGCGCUGGGGUUCGCGGCGUUGACGUCGGUCGUGCUGACGAGUAUCUACUGUGAUUUGUUCUCCGCGCCGGUGUUGCAGGGGCAAAGGCUGGUGGCGGUGGUGAGGAGUCCGGAUGAGUGGAGGCGGGCCGGGGCGGUGGUGGGGUUGUUGGUGGGGGUGGUGAUCGGGGCGGCUUGGGCGAGGAGUGAGGCCGGCUUGGAGGGGGCGUUGUGGACGGCGGUCGUGUUGAAGGCGUUGAUUACGGUGGCGUGGCUGGGCUGGAGGGGGGAGAAGGUUGGUGGGUUGGAGGAGUAG